GUUGGAGUCGCGUUUUGGCAAGUCAUUAGACAUAUAAGGGAUAUGACGCAAAACUCAUGUGCAAUCAGGUGUCAACAAAAAAUGAGCGCUCCACUCAAUCGAAACGCGACUAAUCUAUUGAAAUCUGCUGUAAGUCAGCCUGAAGUACGACCGGUUUCCGGUCUGAAAUUGAGUGCGAAUCGCUCUCAGACUUUGAAAUUAUUGACCGGCUCAGAAAUACAAAACCGUUCGCGAACUUUUCGACAUCCUUGACCCAAAAUUUCUCCCCCGCUGACCCCAGUAGUUGCACUACCGCAAGGGUGAUUCGUGAAAUACGGCCAAAUCAACGUCAUCAUUAUCAAUUACGCUGGCCAAACUCCACCGAGGGCGCCGGCAGCUGAUUUGGUCGUGCAAUCAACGUUUCGAGGUGAUACCGCCUCAGAAGGUAGUCGGGGGUCGGGCGUUCGCUACAACUUGCCAAGGAGAGAUUUUCACCUCGACGAAGGUCUGUAUAGUCGGUCCGCGGAUACAUUUGAAACACGGGCCCUUGGUGAUACUUAUAGCGCUGCAAGCGGCCAGGGACACCUUCCAUAAAACGGACCAGUACGACCCACUGCCAGCGCCUUCGGUAAACCUCCCGCUAGGCAAACGACAGUGCAAUGCACUUACUCGCAGGCUGGUAUAUCGUCCCUGUAGCGACUACUGCACUCCUCUUCCUGUACACCCGCCUCAACGACCGCCGACUCCAGACCGUGCCUGACCGAGUGUUGUCGCUUUCGCCCCAUCGAUGGACCAAGGAGGAGAUAGAGAGCACCGCAGCCAGGCUCAAGGCGUCGCCGAACUCCGUCUCUGAACAGCUUCCGCCGAAGACGGGGAGGCGGUAUAUUGUUGUGGGCGGGGCCGGCUUCCUGGGCGGCUGGAUCGUCCGCCAGCUGCUGGACCGCGGCGAAGAGCCACACCACAUCCGGGUCAUCGACAUGCGCUUGCCCGUGCGCCCCGACCUCAAAACGGGGCCGGCAACCCAAGUGCAGUACCUGCUGUCGGACAUCUGCGACCUCGAGGCUCUGAAGCAGACCUUCGCCGCACCGUGGCCCGAGAGCGCAGAUCUGGCGUCAGAAAUCACCGUCUUCAAUACGGCAGCGAACAUCCGAUACUUCGAGCGUGACGUGGCGUUUCUGCCCCGCUCGACGAGAGUCAACGUCGAUGGGACGAAGAACGUGCUCGAGGCCACUCGCACUGUGGGAGCCACUGUCUUGGUUUACACGUCUUCAGGGUCUGUGGGACUACGGAAGAAUCGAUUCUUCCUCUGGCCGUGGGAGCAGGAGCCUGCGCUCUUCGUGCAGGUCCUAACCGACAACGAGCCCUUGCCGGAAGGCAACUUCUUCUCGAACUAUGCUACGACAAAGAUCUCGGGGGAGCGUCUGGUCAGCGGAGCGGAUCGGACACCGUCUUCAGGAGGGAAGGUGCUACGAACUGGAUGUAUCCGUCCAGGUAAUGGCAUCGUCGGACGCUACGGCGAUGUUAUCUGUGAGCAGUAUCUGAGAAUGAAAGUCGCUCCGAGCUGGUCCAAAACCUCCAUCCAGAGCUUCGUCUACGUCGAGAACGUCGCUCUCGCGCACCUGCUUUACGAGGACCGUCUCCUCGACAGCCGCAACCCGGACAUUGGUGGACAGGCGUUCUAUAUCACGGACCCUGGCCCAGCUCCAGCGGUGAACGAUGUCUAUAAUGCGAUUGCGACACUAUCCAAGGAGAAGAUCACGUUUCCGACCAUUUCGCCCACGCUGAUCCUGCUCGCGGCGCACGUCAACGAGCGGUAUUGUCGCAUCCAAGCACUCCCAUUGCUCAAUCGUGUCCUACCGGCAGUGAGCGGCGACAUCCUCAGUCUACAGCCGGCACUCUUCAAUAUCACCAACUCACAUGCGAUAUUCGACGAUUCCCGGGCACGGCUUCCAGCGGAAAAGGGCGGGCUGGGUUACCGGGGUGGAUGGACGACAUUAGAGGGUGUAGUCAAAACAGUCCUGCUGUGGGAUGAUGCUUCCUCAUGAGAGUAUAUGCGCUCCGCCCAGUCUGCAUAUGCGAACAAAUCGAUUCAUCUGACCAUCUCACGCAGUAAUCAAUUCUAUCUAUCUCGUUGUAUACCCUAACAAUGUAGCGGAUCGGCCAUUCGUCCUGAACGUCUUCGUAGCUGAUGAUGUGCCUUCCUGCUUCUCUCAUGCUACCUGACUUGCGAAGCACGAAUAGUUUCGACGUGACAUCGUCUUCAUAUGCAGGCGCUUCUACAUGGCGGUUUCUUCUUGUUUGGUCUGUGACUCAAGUCAGCUCUUACCUCACACCGCAUUGUUCUUUGCACUCCGCUCCCGAGAUGUCAACAACAUUGGUUGAUCCUGCGACGGCUGCCUCCGCCCAAUCAUGCGUAGCCGAGGAGGAGCCUUCUAACCUGGAUGCCACCAAAGCUGACGAUGCCAAGCGCCCCGCGUCUGAAGAGAAAUCAAAACGACAACUUUGCAAGAGCAAGUCACGCAGAGCUCCCAACGGCCAGGUCUGGGCACAUCGGCAACAAGAUAUCUUCAAUCUGUACAGAAAACUUUGGUCGAUCAGCAUGCUUGAAGUCGCUGAUAGUGAAUACCCGAGCGAGAAGCCGUUUUCUUCGACAGUGAUACACAGUAGCUGGAAACCCCAUUCCGAGCCAGAGCCCGAACCACGCAAGUUGCGCAUGUGGCCGGUGAUCACCCUAGAUGGAGACGUAGAGAAUAUGCCCGACGAUCUUCGCGACAUCAAGGACCCAACCGUGCCGGAGGAGAUCCCGAAACCAGACAACGAUCGGACGCCUAAACUCACACAACGUAUCCCGUUCGCGAUGUUACCAGAAGUGCUUCGGGUGAAGGAUUGCAACGACCGCCUGGGGUCUGGCUUGGAGAAAAGAGAGACGACUACGCUCGAAUAUCAACGCGUCCAUCCAAAAUCGGACAAGCCCAUUGACCCGAAAGCUCCUCGGACACAAGCCGAUCUCGACCUCCGCGCCGAUUACGAUUUCAUAGGGAUCGGGCACCAUGCCACCGUUUCUCGGGCAGACAUCACCCUUGAAGCGCCCUUCCGCCUCGUUGACCGCUCCGGGCCCCCGAGGCUGCGCGUGAUAGCAAAGAUUUCAAACGACGAGACAGCAGACCGGGCGAUGCUCAAGCAUGAGGCACGCGUGUACACUGACUUCCCGGAAUAUCUGAGUGAGGACUGGUCGGGGUUCAUUGGGAUCGAUACCAUGGGUAGCGAGGGGGGGAAGUGCAGUCGUGUGGUACCCGCUAGUGCGGUCGUCCCGAAGUUCUACGGCUACUACGUCCCGGUACCGAGUGACGGCGCAGACGACAAGCAAGUCGGAAGGCCUUUCAUCCUGCUCGAAUAUUGUGGCAAGCCCAUCGAGCCAUCCAAAUUCAAUGAGGACGAGAGGGGCAUCUGCAUCUCAUUUGCACACCGACUUCAUGACGAGCACGAUCUCAUUCAAGGUUCUUACUACGCGCGCAACCUGCUCAUCCAACCCGGCCCCUUGACGCAUCCCCCGCAUAUGCGAUCACUGGAAACACCCUCGUUUCGGCUGAUCGACUUUGGUCGCGCCGAGUCCAAGGCCGGACACGAUGAGGACGAGGAGGCGUGGGCUAAAACCUAUCGCGUGGAACGGCAGAUGGUCUUGAACGCAGUGCUCGGCGAAUUGCAAACCUGGAGAUGGGGUGACAUCAAGAUAUUCGAAAGUAGGCUGGAAGAGUGGCCCAGAUAUUAUACGCAACGGGCUUACUGCAUCCCGGAGAGCUUUUGGGAUCAUGACGCGGUUCAGAGAGCCCGUCCGGGAGACGAGAAACGUAUGUGGGAUGAACUGUUAUCUUGGAACAUCCGCUUUUGAAUCAGGACGAACCGGCCUGAUACCGAUUGUUUUGUCAAUUCGACACGGUUUCUACGUAGUCAUUGGAGAGAAGUGAGACAUAAUGAAGAGUUUCUUGUGGAAAUGAACUUUCGUCAGGCCAC